AUGUCACAGCUUACAACAGGAGGGACUGAUUUUAGCUUACCAGAUGAGAUCUUAGCAGUGAUACCAAUGGACCCAUAUGAUCAGUUAGAUCUAGCACGGAAGAUUACAUCAAUGGCAAUUGCAUCGCGGGUGUCCAAUUUAGAAUCUGAAAUGGGUCGCAUGAAGCAGAAAAUGUUAGAGAAGGAUCGGGUUAUUUUUGAGCUUCAAGAGAAAUUGGAUCGCUUGCAACGUGUCUGCCAGGAAUCCGAGUCUAAAUUGAGUCUCACUCUUGAUGAAAAUGCGAAACUUUCAAAGGAAAGAGAUUCAUUGGUAAUGACCGCAAAGAAACUUGGACGUGAUUUGGCGAAGUUGGAGACAUUUAAGAGGCAACUGAUGCAGUCUCUGAGCGAUGAUAAUUCAUCGCAAGCUGAAACUGUGGAUAUUGGCACUUGUGAUCAGCCAGUUCCUAGAGCCUAUCCUGACGAAGUUGAGGGGACAAAUGGCUAUGUGACCCACCAUUCUUCCAAUGGCUCUACUGACAUGAGAAACACUGAUGAGGCUUCAAGUCAUGCUGGACAAAGAUUUUCUAUCACUCCAUAUAUCACACCACGGCUUACUCCAACUGGAACUCCAAAAAUUAUUUCUACCAGGGCUUCUCCUAAAGGUUAUUCUACUGCUGGAUCUCCUAAAAAAACCUCAGGUGCAGCAUCUCCUACAAAGGCUCAAUAUGAUGGACGAGCUGCCCUUUCUUCAUGGUACCCAUCAAGCCAGCAAUCAUCAGCGGCAAACUCUCCUCCCUGUGGACGUCCAAUUCCAGGGCGCGCUCCACGUAUGGAUGGAAAGGAGUUCUUUCGUCAGGCCAGGAGUCGCCUAUCAUAUGAACAGUUCAGUGCAUUUCUGGCAAACAUCAAGAAACUAAAUGGUCAAGAGCAAAGUCGAGAGGAAACUUUAAGGAAAGCAGAAGAGAUAUUUGGGACCGAUAACAAAGAUCUUUACUUUUCAUUCCAAGGAUUGCUUAGUCGGAACAUACACUAG